UCUGAAUCGUAGAUAUCGACGUGACGAAUCCAAAUACCACGUCCUUACUUUUCUUGUCGAGGAAAAAGACACCCAAGUUACUCCGGCCUUUUUUGUGUGUGUCAUUGCAAGGUUUGGCUCGGUCAAGAAGCCGAGGGGUUUUCUACGGUUCACUGAAUCUAGAAAACAGCCGGUCCUGCUUGGAUAUUUCUCACGGCUUCCCGUACUCAACAACAGACCAAGAGAGUUUGUCUGUCAGGGACAGGCAGUGAUUGUUUCACCGAUUGACGCUGGCGUUGCUUCAUGAGUCAUCUCGUUGCCAGAGUGAGUAAUAAUUAGAGCUUCUGGAUCUGGCGAAUACCUCCGGGGGGCUUUUACGCAGAAGGCCAAGUCUAGGUGUCUGAUACUGACAGAAAAAAAAAUCUUCGACUCAAAAAAGAUGCCAAGGUCAGAAGAACGCUCUUCACAUCGUGGUGGUGGUGGCGGUGGUAGAGGAGGAGGAGGAGGAGGAGGAGGAGCGGCGGCCAAACAACGCCACCGCAACAAUAGAAACGGUCCUUUACCGAGACAGGUCCUCAUUUCCAAGGCCCUCUCGCGUCUCCUCCGACACGCCGCCGCUCAGGAACGCGUACCCAUCGACAAUCACGGGUACGUGAGGAUGGAUCACUUGCUUGAUUGGCAGAGGUUGAAGAGUAUGCAACCUAGAGUGACCUUUGAGGAGGUGGUUGAUGUUGUAUUGGAGAAUGAAAAGAAGAGGUUUUCACUGAAAUACGUUGGUGAUGAUGACCAAGAUCAGGGAGAGCAGCAGCAACGGGCACAGCAACCGCAGGAAGACACCGAAACGCAGACGGAAACGGAAACCGAACGUGCAAUUUCCGAGUAUGAAACACUCAAGAACACCGGCGGAGGUCAACUUGACACUCGACAAUUACACCGGUUUUACAUCCGUGCCACACAGGGACACAGCAUGGCCACGGUCGAGGCCGAGAAUUUACUCACCCCCAUCACCCUCGACGAUCCCGCCUCUGUUCCUGACACGGUGGUACACGGGACGUUUUAUGGCUCCUGGGAAGCCAUUUUGUCCAGUGGAGGACUCAAAAAGAUGAAUAGAAACCAUGUCCAUUUCGCCACUGGUCCAAAAUAUCAAGAUGUUAUGGAUGGGAUCGGUCAGGGUCACCACGACGUAAAGACUGACACCAAAGGUGGUACUACUGAAGGUGACGGGGAUGGGAAGAGCGCGGACAGGGACGGACAAGACAAAGGUGGCGGCAACAGCAGAGGAGGAUCGAACGAGACACUCUUACAAAAUAACAAGGUCAUCUCAGGCAUGCGUUCGGACGCCCAGAUUUUGGUGUACGUCGACAUACGGCGAGCACUGGUAGAACAACCAGACAUGAAAUGGUGGAGGAGUGAGAAUGGUGUGGUUUUGACUGAUGGAGUUGCCGUCACUACGAAAAAGGAGGAGGAGGAGGAGGAUGACGCGCAAAAACAACAAACCCCAUCACAGAAUGACAAGGUCGUACCGACAAAAUACUUUACUGCCGCGGUCGAAAUCAAACAAGGUUUGGGGUUGUUGUACGAGGACGGAAAGGGGGUCGUGAAUCAGUUGCCAGAACGGUUGAGAACUAGGGGUGUACCCAGGGGUAAGGGGGGUCCUCGCGGUAGAGGAGGUAGAGGCGGUGGUAGGGGUUGAUGAGACCUCGAAUGGGGACCACGAAAAUACAUACAAUACGAGAACUAUGAAGAGCAACCUGACAAGGACACAAGAUGCAGAACUUGGAUUUAUUCCUCGAGACACCACCAUAAGAUGUCUCGGCGUG